AUGGCAGAAGCUUCAGGAAUCCUACAAACCGCCUUCAUACCCACUCUUUCUCAAAACCCAUAUCCAAACUUGAAUCAGUACUAUUCCCCUUUGAUUUUUAAAAGAAACAAGACGACAUUUCACAAUGUUCGCUGCUCACUUUCCACCACUGAAACUGCCACCAAAACCACCCCGGACAACAGCAUUCCAUGGGGAUGCGAUAUCGACUCACUUGAAAACGCCUCGGCGUUGCAGGAAUGGCUGUCGGAAUCGGGGUUGCCUCCCCAAAAAAUGGGUAUACAGAGAGUGGACGUAGGAGAGAGGGGCCUUGUUGCUCUCAAGAAUAUACGCAAGGGCGAGAAGCUCCUAUUUGUGCCUCCUUCACUCUUUAUCACAGCCGAUUCUGAGUGGAGCUGCGGUGAGGCCGGUAAGGUGUUAAAACGGUAUAAUGUUCCAGAUUGGCCAUUACUUGCAACUUAUCUCAUCAGCGAGGCAAGUCUCAUGAAUGCUUCAAGGUGGAAUAACUAUAUUUCAGCCUUACCGCGACAGCCAUAUUCACUUCUGUAUUGGACUCGUUCAGAACUAGAUAAGUAUCUGGAGGCGUCACAAAUACGAGAGCGGGCAAUAGAAAGGAUAAAUGAUGUUACUGGAACAUACAACGACUUGAGACUCAGGAUAUUUUCAAAGUAUCCUGAUUUAUUUCCUGAAGAGGUAUUCAACAUGGAGACUUUUAAAUGGUCAUUUGGCAUUCUUUUCUCGCGCUUGGUCCGUUUACCCGCAAUGGAUGGAAAGGUUGCUUUGGUUCCUUGGGCAGAUAUGCUGAAUCAUAGUUGUGAGGUGGAGACGUUUCUGGAUUAUGAUAAAUCCUCCCAGGGAGUUGUUUUUACAACUGAUCGAGCAUAUGAGCCAGGUGAGCAGGUUUUCAUAUCAUAUGGACGGAAAUCCAAUGGGGAGCUGCUGCUUUCAUAUGGAUUUGUUCCCCGAGAAGGAACCAACCCUCGUGAUUCAGUUGAGUUGUCAUUAUCACUUAGAAAAUCUGACAAAUGUUACAAAGAGAAGUUGGAAGCUUUGAAGUAUGGUUUAUCAGCGUCGCAGUGUUAUCCGUUACAAGUUACUGGUUGGCCCUUGGAAUUGAUGGCAUAUGCCUAUCUAGCAGUAAGCCCCCCAAGUAUGAACAGGCAGUUUGAAGAGAUGGCCAAUGCAGCUUCAAAUAAGAUUACAUCAAAAAAGGAUAUCAGAUACCCUGAAAUAGAAGAAGAUGCAAUGCAAUUCAUAUUGGAUGCUUGUGAGUCGAGCAUAUCAAAGUAUUCCAAAUUCCUUCAGGCAAGUGGGUCAAUGGAUCUGGAUGUGACGAAUCCAAAGAUCCUGAAUCGGAAAGUGUUUUUGAAACAGCUAGCAGUGGAUUUGUGCACUAGUGAACAGAGGAUACUGUUUCGCGCUCAAUAUAUACUGAGGAGGAGAUUGAGAGAUAUAAGGAGCGGCGAACUAAGGGCUCUCAGAAUAUUUGAUGGUUUCAGGAAGUUAUUCAAAUGA